GCCCAAAUGGGCGGAGUCGUUGUCACGUGCCACGGACCAUGCGUUUUACUUUCGUUUACCAUAAGUUCUGUCUUACCUGUGUGUCGGUUGGUUCCAGUCCAUUUAAAAUCAUGAAUACACCUCUCUGCAUUGUUGGCUUCGUCUUUUUAGGUCUCCUGAGCUCUUCAGCGACUAAAGAAACCCCACCACUAGUUCAGGUGUAUAGUCGGACACAAGGAGACUUGGGAAAACCAAACAUCCUCCUCUGCCAUGCGAGCAACUUCUACCCACCGGUGAUCAAACUCGACCUGCUGAAGGAUACCGAGGUGAUGCUGGAGGCUAAUCAGACGGAGAUGGCCUUUGAGGACAACUGGGACUACUACAUGACCAAACAUGCUCUCUUCACUCCGCAAAAAGGAGAGGAAAGCUGAUACCUAAUUUAUUUGCACUCCCUUGUUUCGGUUGAAGGCACGUCAUCGUUGGCAGAGUUGUGUGGCAUCCACUCGCUGUGGUGGUUUUCAUCAUCGCCAGGAAAAGGUUGUCAACGUGCCUGUACCUCAGGCUUGGGCGUUGCCAGACCAACAGACUCCAUUUAUGAAUUUAAAUGAACACAAAACAAAAACCAGUGGGUUAUGUUCACAAAAUCCACUGCCAAAACUAUAAAACACUUCGUUUUCACUCCCUGACCAUCUUUACAAUCAGAAAUAAUAUAAAAUGCGUUAAUUUGUAGCUCAGACUGUCAUACAAGUUUAAUAUACUGUACAGUAGUGAUGCCGGUAACUCGUUACUUUAGUCUAAUAUGACCAGGUUUUGCUGUAACAAGUAAUCUGUUUACAUCUGUUUACAAACCAGUAAUCAGAUUAAAGUCACUGUGCAUUAUUAUUUUUGUCAUUUUCCUUCUCAAAAAGAUAUAUUUACCUUCUUCUUGCAUUUUGGGAGUGACAGCAUACAUGCGACAAGUCACGUUUUUAGCACGAGGACAACUCACGUGUAAAGCGCUGAUCAGACCCAGGGACCAAUUUACCUUAAGGCAAACAGGAAGUUGCGAUUCUAAGGGACCCUAAUUGUCUCAUGAAAACGACAAUUACAGUUUUUUUCUAUUUGAAACAAUUAUUUUUGGGUUGUGCCGUUUAGGCGAUUUUUGUGAAUAAGUACAUGAUCGGCCAUUGCAGAUUAACGUCUUUUUAUGCGGAUCACAAACGCUGAUUCUCUCCGGUUGACAAGCUAGCAGCUCAUUGUAUAUCUCCAUACACAGUGUGGAGCUGCUGACCUAUAAAAAUCACCUCCAUUACGGCACUUAAACUUCAUUUUUUUGUAUCUUAAGUAUCAUUAUCAAAUAUUAUCACUGGAGGACGAGCCUCAACAUGUUACACGUUGAGAGAAGCUAUCUCGAAACAACACCAAUAAAGAAGUGCUUAGUAAAGUUUAAGAAGUGUUGAUGGAACUGCGUUACAGCAGAAAGUAAACAGUUGUUAACUGGAAACUAAUAAGUAUAUUAAUAAGAGUCUAGGUAGAUUAUCAUUUUACAACAACUGCAGGUGUGUCAGCAUUGUCUCAGUCAGAUCACUACACUGUAAACUGGUGGCGUCCACACCCAAGCUAAUAUCACUAUAUGAUCGCUAGUGAUCCGAUCAGUCUUUUUUUCAUCUUUUCUCAUAAUUUUUUUGUUGCUUUUGUUAAGGUUAAUAAACUGAGGGAAUAAUUCCCUGGACACAGAAGUACUUUGAGGUUAAUACCUAAUGGUUGAAUGAGUAGCAGAUGGUAGUUUUUGCUUUUCUUUAGUUAUUGUGUACUAUUGACUUUAUUUUGCUUGAACAGUUUUGUGUAGUAGAAGAGAAUAGGGAACUAUUUUAAAUAUUGUGUUGAUAUUAUUAAACUGUCAAUAGAAGUUACCAUAAAUAAAUGGAAAAAUGUACAGUUAAUACAUGUGAUCGGCAUUGGUAUCGGCUGAUCUCACUCUCAUGGAUGAUUGGAAUCGGCAGUAUAAAACCUUGAAGAUCCUUAAAUUAUUUAUAUAUUUUGUCAUAAUUUGUACGGUUAAAAUACACCAACAAUAAUUAACCAGUCAUGAUUGUUUUGAAAUAUCCCCCUCCCUGCUCACACAGUGGACCAUUUCACACAACUGGCAUGUUUAGUGGGACCAAAACAGAAUUUGUUGGUGCAGUUUUGGGAUUUAAAAAAAAAUUGUAUUAUUGAAAAUGAAACGGAUUUACUUAAGCAGAGUGAAGAAUAUGGGAAGGCGAAAAGAAAACCAUCAGUUUUCAUUUAAACUACUGAAGGUAUCAACCUUUUCCUCAGUGACAGUAAAUGUAUGUGAUCUACUCUGUAGGAAGCAGAAGUGACGCGUUUCAUCACAAAUAUGGUAAACCAUAUUUAAAACUGAUUAUUAAUUUUGACUUGACUAAUAAAGUGGGGAUAGGUUGAUUGGCAACACUACAUUGGCCCUAGCGUGUGAAUGUUGCUUUUUAAAUAAGUAAUUCAUUAUCAGAUUACUUUUUCAAAGAAACUGGCAAUAUUGCUGUACAGUACUACGGUAUAAAGAGAAGUGCAUAUUAAAAUAAAUUGAAACUACUCUACUUUUGGUUACUUUGUACCCAAUAAAGUUUUAGUAUCAUCUAUCAACUUAAUAUGACAUGCCGAGUGUUUGUAAAUGUUUGACAACACUGUAUAUGCUAAAAAAAAAAGAACUGAUUAAAAGGCUGUAAGCUAGUCCACUGAGGCACACAAUAUCUUGGGCCUUUUGAUUCACGUUAGUAAUCAAUAAAUACAUGUACAGUAUGUUGUCAUAAUUUCACAUUUUAAAUGUAGGCUAGAGAUAGGUUGAUUGGCAACACUAAAUUGGCCCUAGUGUGUGAAUGUGAGUGUGAUUGUUGUCUGUCUAUCUGUGUUGGCCCUGUGAUGAGGUGGCGACUUGUCCAGGGUUUACCCCGCCUUCCGCCCGAAUGUAGCUGAGAUAGGCUCCAGCACCCCCGCGACCCCAGGACAAGGGGUAGAAAAUGGAUAGAUGGAUGGACACCCUGCCAUUAGGUCAAGCAAUGUCAAGUGCAUGUAAUGGUGCCCCCUGCUGGCCAUUCCAAAUUGUGUAUGAGAGCUACUUUGACAAAAAAAAUAAAAGAGUAAUGAGCUAUUUGUGUUUUAUUCAUAUGAGUGGCAACAUUGAAAUUGUAAGCAGAUCUCCACUCAAUCAGUGUGGUCCUGCUCUUUUGGCUUUUUAGUUUAGUCGCCACAUCAUGCUUCAAAUAUUGUAGCGUCACAACAUGGCAGUUUUUUUCAAGCAUAUUCUACGAUUAUUUGGUACCAACUUAAGCAUUCUCAAGCAUAACAAUGGCUGAAUAAACUAAACAUAUAAAUAUUAGUAGUAUUGGCCACUGGUGGAGACCAAACUAAUCAGAGCGUGCUGUUCAGUAUGGUGGCCACUGAUUGGCUCAGCCUCAGACUAUAUGGGAUAAUAAAAAGGGUGUAAAGGUGACUAAAGGGUGUUAUUUUAUGUCUAGAUGACUGUUGAAAUGUUAAAAAACAUAUUUAUUUGACUUAUCAUUAAUGAUUCCUACUUCGCGCAACUUUCAUUUAUCACAGCCAUGUCCGGAACCAAUUUACGGCGAUAAAUGAAGGACCACUGUAUUAUAAUUUGUCAUAUAAUUGAAGCACUAAUGAAGUGUUUCUUAACCAUAUGGCCGGGGGGCCCACUCUUGCACUGAGAACGCGUGGGACGGUGUGGCUCGGUUGGGAGAGCGGCCGUGCCAGCAACCUGAGGGUUCCUGGUUUGAUUCCCCCGGCUUCAUUCAUCCUAGUCCCUGGGCAAGACACUUCACCCUUGCUCCUGAUGGGUUGUGGUUGUGUUUAGGGCCUUGCAUGACAGCUCCCGCCAUCAGUGUGUGAAUGUGGAAAUAGUGUCAAAGCGCUUUGAAUACUUUGAAGUAGGGCUGGGCGAUAUAUCGAAUAUACUCGAUAUAUCGCGGGUUUGUUUCUGUGCAAUAUAGAAAACGACUAUAUCGUGACAUUCGAGUGUAAGUUCUCACGCAGUUGCUUUUAGCUUUACACUACAGGCGUUUCUCACUCUAUCUGGUCUCCCGUUCUCACAGAGACAUAAAACAAGCGCACCUUCUUACAUACGUGUCAUACGCCCUCACGGAGCAGAGAGGUAGCGGAAUGGGUAACAUUAGCUGUGGUGUGAGUGGUAAUACGAGAAAGAAGGUGCGAAUCUGGCAACAAAAUGGAGGAAGAAUUAACUCCCAAGAAAAACAGCAGGGGUUCCAUCGUCUGGCGGUGGUUUGGCUUCAAGCGGAAAGAUGUUGAACAGACAACCGUAAUAUGUCAAGUAAAAGCAUUGCUACAAAAAGUAGCAUUACUGCUAAUUCGUAGCAUCAUUUGAAAAGUCACCCGCUAGAGAAUGAAGAGUGCUUGAAACUCCGCAUGUCAACAUCUCCGGCCGGUGCCACACCCACAAAAUGCCCAAGCAACCUGCACAUCAACACCAUUUCCACAUCAACACCGUAUGAAAAAAAUAGUCAACAACAGAAGGAGAUAACGUACGCAGUAACCUACCACAUAGUGAAGCACAUACACUAUUUGGUUUCCUAUUAUACAGCUAAUUUUUAUUUGACAGUUAUUGAAAUAUCUUGUGUGACAUCAUGCACAGAGGUGCACUUUAUUUGUUUUAAACUAUUGUAGUGGCGUUCUGUACAAAAAGUGCACUUUAAUUUAGUCUUGUUUUGUUAUGUCAUCUUAGUGACAUCAUGCACAAAAGUGCACUAAUAGCUUGUUUUAAAAUGUCUCUGACAAUCUUGCACUUUCUGUUUUGAAAUGACAUGAAUGUUUGUGCCACUGCUUAAUAACUGUUUAAUAAAUACAGUUUUGGUAAAUUGACUUAGUUGUGAUUUCCCUCUCUGCAUGGAAGUUUACAAUUAGCAUAUUUUAACGCAGUAUGAAGAAGAAUGUUUUAAUGUAGACACAUAGAACUAUCAUACUGCUGUGAUUUUAUGCAUCAAGUGUUCAUUCAAGGCUAAGGCAAAAAUAUUGAGAUAUAUAUCGUGUAUCGUGACAUGGCCUAAAAAUAUUGAGAUAUUAAUAAAAGUCCAUAUCGCCCAGCCCUACAUUGAAGGUAGAAAAGCGCUAUACCAGUAUAACCCAUUUACCAUUUACUUAGAGGGCCGCCAAAAAAUAUCUGUUUCUCAGCUGUGGUCCGUAUGGGCCGAAGCGGUAUGCCGUUGUAAUACACUUUUCCACCACUUGUGGCAGUAAUGACAACGUGAAACAAACAAGAAAUCUGGAGCUAAAGUCUUAGAGAAGUUUCUUAAGCGCAAAAAAUUAUGACUAAAGUGGUGAAAUUGUAUAUUCAUUCGCGCGUUAAUUUUAUUGACAGUUUAGUUAAGAAACAUAUUCAUUUCGAAUUUUGUAUAUUUAUUUUAGCACAACAUAAUUGUGUGUAAAUUUGUUUUUGUCAGUUAUUUAUGAGUCCCCUACUAUGCUUAUGUUUUUAAUCAGCCUGACUUAGGCCUAAGGUCUAUGUGUUAAAUAAAUAUUAAUCGUGGUUACAUAUCAUUUGACAGUGUUGUAAACUGUAAGUAGGUUAGAUAUAAUUCCAUCCAUCCAUCCAUUUUCUACCGCUAGUCCCUUUUGAGGUCGCGGAGGUGCUAGAGCCUAUCCCAGCUGCACUCGUAAUUUUAUAUAAAUUAAAUUCAAGAGUAAGAUGACUAAUUCAAUGUUAAUAUUUGAGUGGGUACCGGCACCCUGUGUAGUGGAAAAGUUGGGCCCCGAGGUCAAAAAGAUUAAGAACCCCUGCACUAAUGAACAUGAAUAAAAAACACUAAAAGUUGUAGCAAAUAUUCCCCUUUGUAAAUAAUUUAAGAAUGUCAACAGAAAAAAUACCCUGAUAUCUAAUCCACAACUGCAUUUUAUUCAUGUAAACACAUUUGAAGGCUAUGUUGGUCUGGAGUGAACUAUAUAUCGUUGUAGAUGAUUGCAUUUGACUUGUUUUUUCUUGCUGCUGCUAUAUAAUUGUGAUAUGUUGGGCGACGUGACUCUACAAGACUCAGGGUCUUCCAAACCUUUCCUGCACAUUUGUAUUGCUGUACAAUAAAUAUUAAUAGUUGUUUAGUGUUUGUGUGCGUGUGCAAAUACAUAGAUACAAAUUCAUAUGUAAAAAUAAAUUCACACGAGAGCAGAAAAAUAUCGAUCAUAUCAGUUUAGUAUCGAUCUGAUGCUGAUAUCACCAUUGGUUUGGUAUUGUUGUUAUCAGGAUGGACGCCCACCUAGUCCCGCCCCUUACAGCUAUGACUUCCCUAAAUGGCAAUGUGUCCGGUAAAAUGUUUUUACAAUGUUUAACGCGUAUUUUUCGCCAUUUAAAAGCCAUUUAACACAUUUCUAAUGGGUUAAUAAGAUGAUUUCAAAUAUUACAAUACAACUGCUUUUGCUAAAUCGCUAGCUAUGAAAAUCUUGAUUUUAAGCCUCAAGUUGCUUUUAAAAAGAGUUGCUUUUAAAAAGCGUGACGUCACUGUGUAAUUAAUACACAUUGUAUAUGCAGCCAUAAAAGUUUCUUUUUAGCUUAAAUAUUUGUUUUUGAGCGUCAAAACUUUGUUUACAGUGGAUGACGCGGUUAAAUAGAUGUUUGACGUAGAUAUGAGUCAAACUUUUUUCAUCGUUUCAUCAUAAGUUUCAAACAAUCAAUGAAUCGAGCUGUGGGGGACUUUCCGCACUUUCGCCACACUCAAAUGUAUACCACUAUAUGUGUCAGCGUGCGUGUAAGUGUGUGUGCGUGUAUUUGUUAGAGCAGUCGUGUAAAUGGAGCCACAUACAUUUCUUUACGAUGUUCCCCCGUUGGUCAUUGAACAAUUCUGCCAAAUAAUGGACAUUGAAUGUUGCCGCUAUGGAUGGCGCGCUCUCGCGGCCCGAAUCUGCCCGAGAUUCUCGGAGGUUCGCGUGUUUGAGCGUAUGGAGGCAGGGGGUCGCAGUCCCACCAAGGAGCUGCUGUGGUCCUGGGCCCAGCAGAACUCGCGAGUGCAGGACCUGCUUGGGGUACUGCAAGACAUGGGCCACCAUCGGGCCUUGCAGAUCUUCCUGGGUCACUUUCAUGCAGUCAGAGGGGAACACCAGCCAUCAGUCACUUUGCAAGACAUCCUUAAAGGAACCAGAGAUUUUCACUCUGAAGCAAAAAUUUCAGGGGGCAGCUUCUCUGACAUCUACCAGGCACAGGUGGAAGGCAAAACAUUUGCAGUAAAGCUUUUCAAACAGGUGAACAAUACAUCCUGGAAGAAGCUCUGGGAUAUUUUCAGGAAACAGAUGGAAGUCCUUCGAUUGUGUCGACAUCCAAACAUUUUAGAAUUGUUGGGUUGUUUUUCUGAUGAGAGUCGCUACUGUCUGGUGUAUCCAUACAUGCACAAAGGUUCACUCUUCCACGCCCUCCAUCAUCAGGAUGGCAGGCCCCCUCUUUCUUGGCAAGAACGUCUCGCCAUCAUAAAGGGGGUCGCAGAGGCCCUGCAUCAUCUCCACAAAUCUCAGGUCAUCUGCGGGAAUCUCUCCAGUUCCAACAUACUCUUGGAUAGCGCCAUGCAACCCAAGCUGUCCGAUUUCGGCUUGGCUGGACUCCGCCCUCAUCCGGUCAGCCGUUGUCAUACCCGCACCCUGUGUACGAGUUCCCUCGCCAACCUGGGUUACCUCCCCGAGGAUUACAUUCGACAUGGCAGAGUCUCCUGCAGCCUGGAUGUUUACAGCUUCGGAAUGGUGGCAAUGGAAACAUUAACAGGACGUGAAGUCAUUAAGGAGGUUCCCAAACGUACACAGCUGAAAUAUUUGCUGGUCUCUGAAGCGGAGGACAGUGGUGUAGACGCUUGUCUGCAGUUUUUGGAUGCGUCAGCUGGACAGUGGCCAACUUCUAUGACGCGUCGUCUUCUGGAUCUUUCCUUGCAGUGCACUGCCAGUCACCACCGCGACCGACCCAGCAUGAACAAAGUUCUCCAUGCAUUAAUUGAGCUGCUUCCCCCAUCAAGUUGCUCUUCUUUGGACCCACCUCACAGCCUGCAGGACGGAGCCCCUAUUCAUGUCGAGCACACACCCAGCUUACCUGUGGAGAACGACGAGCAGCACAGCCUCCGCACCGCCGCAUCGCGGACAGAACCGUGCGAAUGCAGCCAGUCGGAGGUGACAUAUCUAAGUGUCACAGAGGCGGAUCAUGUCGACACAACAACCGGGGAUCCGCACAAAAGCUGGCCGGUGCAGUGCAGCUGCCAAACUGCUACAGGCGAUCUCUGCGAGGACUGCAUGGCCAACAUUUUUACGAACACUUCCACACAGUUCUCAGAGUAAUGGCCUGUUGUUUCCAGCACUGAGACUUGCUGUUGUGGCCACAGAGUAGGUGCUCUUGUGUUAAAGGGGAAUUGCACUAGUUUUUGGAAUCUUGUCUAUCGUUUACAAUUCUUAUGAGGGACAAGAAGACAAACAAUUUUUUGUUUUUUUUUUGCAUUCUGAUUUGUAAUAAUCGGCUCGCUCUUGGUGGCCUGCAAUGCAGUUAAUGGCAACAAUCCAUUCAGCAUCUAAAUCACUUUAAAAAUGCAUUCAGAAACUGUCAAAAUUACUUUAUUUACGUUCCGUAACCUGUUUAAUAACCAAACUGUAGCGACAUUGUUUUUGUAAGAGCGAACACAGGGAACUAUUUUUCUAGCAUAGUAAUACAUCACCUUUCGAAGACCUUGCAACGACCUUACGACGGCAUGCAGCUGAAUGGCUUUUGAGUUUGUAAUGCACAACACUAUGCACACCAAUCUGUACUGACAAACAUGAACAAAUAUUUUUACAGUGUCUGUAAAGAAUUAGCCCACAUUUCAUGCUUUGUUUGUACACAGCUAGCUCGACAGUGUAUGUACUGUGGUUGUACUAACAAGCAUGUAUCAUGAUCAAUAUUAUAGUGACUCACUCAAUGGACAGUUGGGCGUUUGGUCCAGCUGGCGGGGGAAGUUUCCAAUUGAUUUUGGGUAAGCACACCAUUUAUGUCGGCAUAGCAUGGCUCAAAGUUCCACAUUUAUACCUGCAAGUCGCGCCGACCUCACUCUCUCAGCUUCCGUCUGCUCCAACGUUUCACCCUCUGUUCGUGCUUGCUUCUAUCAGCAGCAGUUCAUCCUCCUUAUAUUCAGCUUAAAAAAGAUGAGGUUGUGAAUCCUCAUUUGUUCAAAAGUAGUCGUCUUUGUCGUCUGUUACCAUGUCUGCCAUGAUUAGAACACCCUCACAUUUGUUUCAGGAAGUAGGAACACACGUUUGUUGCCGGAAGUCCGCUGCCAAUUUAAACGGAAAUAUAUGCACUGAGGAAAUACGUUCAGAUAUUGCUUAAAAUUACCAAAAUACGGUAAAAAGUAUUUAUAAAAUUAUGUAUGUAUGUAUACAGCUUUAUAUAUACCAUAUUAUAUAUAUAUAUAUAUAUAUGUAUGUAUAUAAUAUAUAUGUGUAUAAUGUAUAUAGUGUGUGUGUAUAUAUUUUAAUCGAGAAUCGUGUUUAAUCGCAAACCGUCGACUCAAGAAUAUAAUCAAAUCCUGAGUUGUUGUAAGAUUAAUUUCCCUACCUAAUAUAAUGAUUGAUUACAUGUUUUUGUGAUCUCAAAGUGUUAAUAUAUUAGUCACCGAUUGCAUUGCGUAAAAUUACCAUGUUUACUGUUUGUUUGGCUUUAAGGUAAAUAUAAAUGAACGUUGGACAAAAACGUUUGGACUGCAAUAUUGUUUUUAUGUCCUAAAUUCCUAAAAAUCCAAUUUUCAGGUUUACCCUAAAGGCAGCAUGAGCUGUCGCAGGAAACUGGUUGGGAGGCUUUCAAAAUAAAACCCGUGUUGGUGCUAUACACAU